AUGAAAUUCGACUUGAAGGCCAGGGUUCAGUGCAACUUUUUCACGAGGCACUACGGCUGCAACUUGGUGUGCGAGUCAUGCUUUGCUUGCAAGCCUGCAAAGACAACCGAGCCUUUGUUGAACUAUCGGGAUUUCAGUCUCUCUGCCGGCCACCGGUUGACCCGCUUAGACCAUCGCGGAUAUUUGGCCGUGACGCUCCCCGAGAACCUGUCACCGUGGACAGCCAUGAAGGGCUGGACUUUGGAAUCCUGCACUCGAGACCCAAUGCAUGUGAUAUAUCUGGGAGUGUGCCGAGAUCUCCUCGGAUCAAUCCUCGCAGAUUGGUUGGAGGCAGGUUUGUUGCCAGCUGCAGCAACGCUGCAGGAAAGCCUGAGGAUGGUAUCUUUAGAGAUGCACGCCGCCUGCAAACGAGCCAGGAUUAGUUUCCGGAAGAAAUUCUUCACUCCUUCGAACACAGGCUUGGGAACCCCCGCCGAUUACCCGGAGCUCUCCACGACUUGGAAGGCUGCGGAAAUCAAAGUCGUUCUCUGGUUUCUUACAACGAAAGCCGUGCAGUACAAUGCCGACACGGACGAUGCAUGCAUGCACUACACAAGGAGAUAA